AUGCGCUCGAUGGACGAGGACCAGGUGAUGUCUCUGCACGAACUGCUCAAGCGGAAGUUGGAGCGGACCCGCGGCCUUGUCAGCCUGGGCAUGGAUCCGUUCCAGGCGGGGUCCAUGGGAUUUCUAAUACAGGAGCCGGGCGCCUACGUCAACGUCUCGCUCACCAAGGUCACCGUGACGGGACUAUCGAACUUCACCAUCCGCGACGUGGCUACCAAUAACGCCGCCAUGCGCGCCAGCGUGCUGAUGAUCAUGCCCCGAUUGGAGAUACGAUGCGCCUAUCGCGUCAAGGGCUACAUCAGCGGCGAAGGCGAGAAGGAGUCUCGCGUGAUCGACGAGAGCGGCCAGUUUGAGGCGGUGCUGGGUCGCGCCGCCAUGUCCUGGUUCGCCCGGGUUCUGCACGUCGACAAGGACGACCUGCUGGUGGCCCAGACGGGCCUGAGGACGCACGUGGACGAGGUGACCAAGCGGUUCCUGCAGACGGCCAAGGCCAGGACCCAGUCCGGGGACCAGGACGUCAUGGAGGUGGUCGGCGACAGCAUCGUGGACCACGUGCGCCAGAUGGUCGAGGACAAGCUCAACAGGAUCAUCACCAAGGCGGUGUCCACGAAGCCCGCCGAGGUGCAGGACCUGCUCGAGUCGAUGGUCGUGCCGACGCCGCACUCGGAGGUGCCGCGCACCUUCUCGCCCCACGGGCACCGCAUCAGCAAGCGCCAGGUUCCCUGCAACAAUGGCACCGAGCUGGACGACUACGUCGACUACCUGUUUCGAUUCGCCACGCGUCUCAUCCGCGCCAUGGAGCCCAUUCAGGGACCCAACUUCACCAUCUACAUCGAGGAGCAUCUUCAGGUCUUCCUGUACGACGUCCAGGCGCGAAACGUGCACACACUGUCUCGCCGCAAGCCUGCCUACGUCAUCUGCAAGAACGGUGACGUCACCGUGGGCCUGGUCAUCCACCUGGACAGCAUCUUUGCGACGGCCAAGUACCGCGUGCUCACCGACCACCGGCACCUGCUGUACAACGGCGACGCCGACAUCAAGCUCACGGGCACCGUCGUGUGGAUCCAGAUCUCGCAGCUCGCCAACGGCAACAACCGGCUCGACGUGGUUCGAAUAUGGAGGAUGGGCAGGGCCCAGGUGCUGCUCAAAGGACUCGGCAACCUCACGUCGGCCAUAUCCAUGUUACUCACGAGCAUACUGAACCACGACCCGUGGAACGUGAUACCUGUGGCCGAAGCGCAGGCCAUAACGUUCGGCAGGGAGAUGCUGGCGAACAUUACCGUGCCCAUAUUCUCGCUCGUCUGAGGGUGCCACCGUCUGUUUCUCGAUCGCCUCGACUUCCGGACGCCGGCCGGGUGGCCCGUUCGCAUCGAUGUAUAUGGACGUAACCCUCGUCGAAACACUUCCGUUAA